AUGGUUAAUUGUUGUUCAGCAAUCUUUUCUUUCUUUUCCUUCUUUUCCUCUUCAUUUUUUCUUUUCAUUAUUUUCACACAAUACGGUCGGUCACAUUUUGUAAAUAUGCCACGGUAG